GGACUUUUAUGUCGUUAUGAUUUUACAGUGUCCUUCAAAUUUGCACGUUGUCAAAAGCACAUGUGAAUCAAAAUAAAGUGAAUAUUUUCCGAAAUAAGUGAUGGGUUUAGAAAAAGGUAUUGCCCAUAGAUCGGGCGCCUUUAAACAAUCAAAUAAAGAACAUAAACAUGGACGACAUCGCUCCAAAGGCUCGCUUGCACAGACAAAUAAAGGAAAGGUUUCUGUCAAGAAACAAACUAAGAGGAACAAACAUGUUUUGACAAGAGAUGAGAGAAGACAUCAGGCAGAUCAGAUUAGACAAAAUAAAAGGGAUGAUUUGUUGGCUAGAAAGCGUUCGCUUGGAAGUAUAGCUAGUGCCCCUUUUUUGGUCUGCAUUUUACCAUUAAACAAAGAUAUCGAUCCAAAUAGUGUACUUAAUUUACUUACACAAUGUGAUGAGCAAGCUGUUGUUCAUAAAUCACCCACUGGAGUAACUCACAUAUUCUUACCAAGAUUUAAACAAAAGUUUUCGUUUAUUAUACCACAGAUGGAUAAUAUGUUGGCAUUAUUGGAUGUAUUAAAAAUAUGUGACACAGUGCUUUUUUUAGUAUCAGCUGCUUGUGGAGUUGAUGAUGACACUGUUAUCGACAAAUGGGGACAUAACACUCUUACUGCAUGCUUUGCACAAGGUUUACCCACUCCUGUAGUAGCUUUAACAGAUUUAGAAAGCAUUGGUCAAGUUAAACACAAGACUGACAUAAAACAGCAAAUACAGAAGCUCAUAGAAAAUUGGUUGCCAAAAGAAACUCUUGUGGUUUUAGAUAAAAAUCCACAGGGUUUAAAUCUACUAAGAAAAAUAGGGGGCCAGAAGAAAAGGAAUGUAUUUUACAGAGACAGAAGACCUCAUUUGUAUUCAGAAGAUGUUACUUUUGUACCAAAUCCAGAAGGUACUCUUGGUACAUUAAAAGUAACUGGAUAUUUAAGAGGUACUCCAUUAUCAGUAAAUAGUUUGGUGCAUGUUCCUGGUUUAGGAGAUUUUCAAAUAAGUCAAAUCGAUGCGCCAUGUGAUCCAUUUAAGGUUGAAAAAUCAAGGAAUAAUAAUGCAAUGGAGGAUGAUUCUACUGUAGUCAGAGUUUUGGAUAGAUGUAAUCCAAGUUUACAGGAAUCUUUGGAUGCAGAAAAUGUUCCAGAUCCAAUGGAUGAUGAGCAAACAUGGCCUACAAAUGAGGAAAUUAAAAUGGCAGAGAAGGAACAAAAGCAAAGGAAGAGGAGAGUCCCGGCCGGCUGGUCCGAUUACCAAGCCGCUUGGAUCCCCGAAGAAGACGACGACUUCGUGUCGGACGCGUCCGAUGACGACGACGAAGACAACUCGGACAAAGACUACAUGGACGCAAUGUCCGAGGAACGUUCGGACGUCGACGCGGACGAACGAUCGGAGAUGCAAUCGGUCGCCGAAUCGGAGGUUCCCGUUUCCGACGACAAGUACGAUCAACAGAUGGAUCUGAUGGGCGAGAAGGAGGCCCUGAAGAAAAUCAAGGCUGCUAAGAGCGACGUUAUGUUUCCCGAUGAGAUUGACACUCCGAUGGAUAUGCUGGCCAAGGACAGGUUCACAAAGUACAGGGGACUUGAGAGCUUCAGAACUUCGCCCUGGGAUGUAUCAGAAAAUUUACCUAGUGACUACACAAGAAUUUUCCAAUUUAAAAACUUUGACAGAACCAAAAAACGCAUUCUUAAAGAACAAGAGGAUGUUGAUGGUGCAAUGCCUGGUUGGUACAUUACUGUCUACGUUCAAAACGUUUCACAAUUGUUGUGGUCCACUUUUAAACAAACUGAAGCUCCAGUUGUUUUAAUGGGUCUGUUCCCCAACGAACAUAAAAUGACUGUGGUCAAUACAGUAUUGAAAAGAACUCCAUACUAUAACUUUCCCAUCAAAUCAAAGGAAAGGCUUAUUUUCCAAUGUGGAUUUAGAAGAUUCGCUGUAAACCCCAUUUUCAGUAACCACACAAAUGGACAGAAACACAAGUUUGAAAGGUUUUUCCAACCAGAUUCAACUUCAGUAGCAACUUUUUAUGCUCCCAUUCAAUUUCCACCAGCCCCUGUUCUUUGUUUCAAAGAAGUUAAUGGCAAUUUAACAUUGGUAGCUACUGGCAAUUUGCUGUCUUGUAAUCCAGAUCGUUUGGUUAUAAAACGAAUUGUUUUAUCAGGACACCCGUUUAAAAUCAAUAAGAGAUCUGCUGUUAUAAGAUUCAUGUUCUUCAAUAGAGAAGAUAUUGAGUACUUUAAGGCUUGCAAAUUAAGGACUAAAAUGGGAAGAAUUGGUCAUAUAAAAGAACCUCUUGGUACUCAUGGUCACAUGAAAUGCGUGUUUGAUGGACAGUUAAAAUCACAAGAUACAAUUUUACUAAACCUGUAUAAAAGAGUUUUUCCUAAAUGGACUUAUGAAGAACUGGUUGUAAGUUGUGCCAAUAAUGACACUAUGGAGACACUUUAAUUUAUUGUUUUUUUGGUUAUAUUAUUUAUCCAGUUAUAGAAAUGUUAAAUUAAGGAAUAAAAUAAUUAUUGAUAAAA